AUGUCAUCCAUUAGAGGACUUAUUCAUCGCUCAAUUCUAUUACUCAGAGGGUCAGAUUCUUUGAAACUCUUGCAAGGCCUUGUAACUAACGACGUGAGGACUGUGUCGCCUUUGAAGGGUAUCGCUGCCCUUUUCCUUGAUGCUAAGGGUAGAAUUGUCGAUGAUGUGAUAAUAUCACGAGACAAUGGUGAUAUCCUUGUGGAGUGUUCCACGUCAAACAGAAAAAACUUGAAAAGCAUAUUGGAGAAGUACCGCAUGCGAAAGACUGUUGAGAUCAUUGAGUCGCACCAUCGUGUGCUUUUUUCUACAGAAGAAGCAGAGAAUUCUUUUCCUGACCCUAGAUGCUCAUCGUUAGGAAGACGUUUCUAUCGUGCUGAAACUGAGUGUGUUGGUCCAGACGAUUACCAUGAAAGGCGGAUGGAAUAUGGAAUAGCUGAGGGUUGUGAGGAGCUCGGUGGACUUCUGCCUUUCCAGGUUAAUGGUGAUUUUCUGAAUAUGGUGUCUUUGGAUAAAGGCUGUUAUAUUGGACAAGAGUUAACUGCGAGAACUGCACACACAGGCAGACUAAUUUUGUUUACUAAUUUUGUCAAGAUUAUUUUACGCCGUAAAAGAGCGCUUUUAGGUGUUAUUCGACGCCGAAUUCUUCCAUUUAAAUGUGAGUCACCUUUAAAAAGACGAUCCAUCAUAACGCUGGAUGAUAAGAAAGUUGGCGAGGUAGCUUUUCGCUUGCUUAAACUCGGUGACAAUAGUGCUGCUAUCAAAAUUGUCCGUAGUUCUUUAGGUGAUCUCAUGUGGAUCAAUGUUUGGCUUGGCUCUUCUAUCACUAAGCGCAUUUGGUCGGUUAUUGACUGUGGAAGGUUUUCCAGUAGUGCCUUAUAA